CAACACAACAACAACAACAACCGCGCCAAAUACCAGCAACGAACAAUCCCCCGACUCUUCACACACCAUCUUCACACAACACAAACAAUCCUCGAUAUAUUCGCCAAGAUGCGUGUGAAUAUUUCAUCGAUCCCGCGCUCAACGAUCCUGAUCGAGGUCCUGGCAGAGGAGGACCGGUCUCUCUUCGACAAGCUCGACUUAACGGGCAUGAUUCGAGACAACCCGAAAUCCGACGCCCUCAGCUUUCACAUCAAGGCGUUCUUCGACCAACUCCCCCUCUUCCCUGACGAUUCGACCCCCUCUCCUCCCAAACCCUCCCCCAAGAAAGUGGCAUUUUCUUGCGACUCUCCUCACUAUAAAUCACCCAACCCCUCCAAGCUACGCAAGAAAAAGAAACUGUUCGGCAUUCCCACAGUUCCUACAGUCAAAACCCACAAGCAAUACACUUGCCCCGAAGCCACCAACCCGCUGUCCAUCAUCUGGCCCGACAACAACAAUCCCCUCCCCACCGACAACUGCCAACCAACCUGCCACCCUCACCUCCGCCUCUCUUGCACCGACCCCUCGCCCUGGACUACCCCCGACGAAAACCCUCCCACACCAUGCCACCACACUUCCUGGUACGCCGCAACAUCCACCCUCUCUCAGCACGCCUCCAAGCUCCUAUCCUCAGCCUUCACCAAACAAAAUAUAACCACUCUCUCUGCCCCCAUGGCCAACCUAGCCGAAGCCCAAACCCUCGAGCUGAACAUCCUCCCCAAGCUCCACCUCGCGUACAGCCUCUACACCGCCCACGUCUUCAUCACCGGCCGCUUCAAAAAGCUCGUCAUCCACCUCUGUCGGCACUGCACCAGAUCCCUCACCUUGGCCAACAUCCAGAUCCUCGAACACAAGAAGCCGUGGACUCUGCUGGAACAUUGGCUCGAGAAGAUCAAAGCGGUAUACGAUGCUCUGAAUACAAUGCAUCUCUGGCUUUUCGUGGCGGCUAAAAAGCUGGACAAAGCAGUCAAAUAUCUCGCCGAGGCUGGCAAUGUGAGGAUGAAGGGGGGGGAUGGCAUGACGAGGGUGGAGAUGCUGCCUUUGUAUCGGUGUAUGAUUGAGGUUAGAGGGUGGAUCAGGAGGGAAGCGAUACAAGGUGUCAUGGAGGAUAAGGCGCGUGUGAAGGAGGUUGCGGGGAGGUUGAUGGGGGUUUUGCAUCCUUUGACGGGGUUGGGGUAUGACAAAGCUGUGGUGGAGGCGCUGGGGGGGUUGUGGAAGGCGGAGCAAGAGGAGAAAAAGGGUGAAGAGAAAGGGGAGGAAGGUAGAGAUGAGAUGGCGGACGGCAGAGAGUCUGAGGAUCCUGAUGAUGGUGCUGGUAACUCUGAUGAAUAUGACGACUCUGACGACUCCGACUACUCUGACGACUCCGACUACUCUGACGACUCCGACUACUCUGACGACUCCAGCGAGUCUGAUAACUCUGAUGGGCCGGACGAUGAAGACCAGGAUGAAGCUAACUCUGAUGAGGAGAUGAAGAAUGAUGAGACAGAUAUUGGCGAGGAUGAGAUUUCAGACGAGGGUAUCGAGGUCUCGAUGAGCAAUGCUGUGGAGGAUGAUUUGGGGGAGUUGAACGGCGAUUUGGAUGACGAUUUUGACAAGGAGAUGGAAGAGCAAAAGUUUGUGAUCCGCAAGGCAAUCUUGGAAGCUGCGGUCGAGGUUCGCUCGGUUUGUGAGACGUGGAGGAACCAUGCGGCUUUCAUUCAGGCUAUCGAAAGGGGACAGCUGAAUGACCACCAGGAUUAG